AUGUUCUGGCCUUUGGUGUUUGCAGUGAAUGAGAUUAAUGAAAAUCCUAGGAGCUUACCAAAUAUUACAAUGGGAUUCCACAACUAUGAUAGCUAUUUCAAUGAAAAGAUGACUUAUCAGACUACCUUGAACCUUCUCAUUCAAGUGAGAAAGAUUGUCCCCAACUAUAAGUGUGACAUACAGAAGAAUCUGAUAGCUGCCGUUGGAGGACUCGAAUCUGAAACCUCCAUUUCCAUGGCCACCAUCUUAAGAAUCUACAAGAUUCCUCAGGUGGGAUAUGUAUAUUGUAUGGAACUCCCCGAUACUUGCAAUAUGAGUGAUCCCCUCUGGAUCCCACAUGAGUAUUAUCAACAAGGCGACCUCAUCAUUGGCAGUAUCUUUUCUCAGUUCUUCUCUUUUUUUGACACUAUAGACUUCCAUCAACACCCCAGUGCAAUGUUUAUUGAAGAUCCCCUUGCAGUGACAAAACACUACCAGCAUGUCCUGGCUUUGGUGUUUGCAGUGAAGGAGAUAAAUGAGAAUCCUGGGAUUUUACCAAAUGUUACAUUGGGAUUCCACAUCUAUGACAGCUACUUCAAUGAAAAGAUGACUUAUCAGACUACCUUGAACAUUCUCUUUCAUAUGAAUAGGAUUGUCCCCAACUACAAGUGUGACACACAGAAGAAUCUGAUAGCUGCCAUUGGGGGACUUGACUCUGAAACCUCCCUUUACAUGGCCACCAUUUUAAGCAUUUACAAGAUACCUCAGGUUUCUUAUUUCUCAUUUGGUCCUUCUUGGAGUGCUAAAACCGAGUUCUGUUUCCUAUACCAAGUGGUCCCUAAUGAAGAGAAUCAGUACUUUGGAAUUGUCCAAUUACUUCUGCAUUUCCAGUGGACGUGGUUUGGGAUCAUCACAUCAGAUGAUGAUAAAGGAGAGAAUUUUGUGGAGACCUUGAUUCCAAAACUUUCCCAGAAUGGCAUCUGUUUGGCUUUUAUUGACAGAAUGCCAUCCAUGACAGAAUUCUCUAAAUUGCUUGAUGGGUACCAAAGGACAGGGGAUAUGGGUGGCCUUGUUAACAACAGUAAAGCAAAAGCAGUUGUUGUGUAUGCAGAAACUGUAUCUGUAGUUCAUUUGGUAUUCUUGCUGUACCAAAUGCAAACAGUAAAUAUGGUAGAGACAUCUCUAAGCAGAGUGUGGAUCAUGUCAGCUGAAUGGGACUUCCCAGCAUUUCAGUAUCAGAGGAAAUGGAGUAUAGAAGUCUUUCAGGGAGCCUUGUCUUUUGCUGUUCAUACCAAUGAGAUAGAGGGAUUUCAAAAUUUCCUUCAGUCCUUAAAUCCCUACUCACUGAGCAGAGACAGCUUUAUCAGGGAGUUCUGGCAGCAGGCCUUUGACUGCUUGGUUUCAUAUUCCCAUGUGGCUGAAGAGAGUGAUGAAAUUUGCACUGGGAAGGAAAAACUGGAGAGCCUUCCUGGACCAUUUUUUGAAAUGAGCAUGAUUUCCCAAAGCUACAGUAUAUACAAUGCUGUCUAUGUUGUAGCCCAUGCUUUACAUGCCAUGUACUCAUUGAAUCUAAAGCACAGAGCAGUGACAGCACUUCCGAACCCACAACCAUGGCAGCUUCAUUCCUUUUUGAGGAGAAUCUCGUUCAACAACAGUGCUGAGGACCAAGUGUCUUUGAAUGAGAAAGGAGAAUUAGAAAGUGGAUUUGAUAUUAUAAACUGGGUUACUUUCCCAAAUAGAUCUUUCUUAAGGGUGAAAGUAGGAAGGAUGGAUCCACCAGCCAGCAGAGAGUUCACCAUUAAUGAGGAGAUCAUCACAUGGCACACAGAACGUAGUAUGCCUCCCUCUUCAGUAUGUAAUGACAACUGCCAACCAGGCUACUUUAGAAAAAAGAAGGAGGGGGAACCAUUUUGUUGCUAUGAUUGUGACCCAUGUCCAGAAGGGAAGAUUUCUAACCCCAAAGGAAUGGACAAGUGUAUCGAAUGCCCAGAAGAUCAGUAUCCGAAUGAAGACCAAGAUGGAUGCCUUCCCAAGGCUUUAAACUUUCUGCAUUAUGGUGAAGUUCUGAGCCUCAGUUUAGCUUUUAUGGCAUUUUUAUUUUCUGUGAUCUCAUCUUUGGUGCUGGGGACAUUCAUUAAAUAUCACAACACUCCAAUUGUCAAAGCCAACAAUCGUGGCCUCACCUUUACUCUGCUCAUUGCCCUCCUGCUCUGCUUCCUCUGCUCCUUGCUAUUCAUUGGUCAGCCUCAGGCAGUGACCUGCCUCCUACAGCAAACCGCUUUUGGCAUCAUCUUCUCUGUGGCUGUUUCUUCUGUGUUGGCAAAAACCAUCACUGUGGUUUUGGCAUUCAUGGCCACACAACCAGGAUCCAGGAUCAGGAACUGGAUGGGGAAAAGACUGGAAAUGUCUAUUGUUCUCUCCUGUUCCCUCAUUCAAGUUUUUAUUUGUAUUGUGUGGCUUUGUACUGCUCCUCCAUUCCAAGAUUUGGACAUGGACUCAUUGGCUGAAGAAAUUGUGGUUGAAUGUAAUGAAGGGUCUGUUGCUAUGUUUUACUGUGUUCUGGGGUACAUGGGAUUCCUGGGUCUAGUCAGCUUUGUUGUGGCUUUCUUUGCUAGGACAUUGCCCAACACUUUCAAUGAAGCCAAGUUCAUCACAUUCAGCAUGUUGGUGUUUUGUAGUGUGUGGGUCUCCCUUGUCCCAACGUACCUGAGCACAAAGGGCAAAUACAUGGUAGCUGUGGAAAUCUUCUCCAUUUUGGCCUCUAGUGCCAGUUUAUUGGGUUGUAUUUUUGCCCCCAAAUGUUACAUUAUUAUCCUGAAGCCUGAACUGAACAGUAAGGAGAACCUAACAAGAAGAAUGGGGUAG